UCCUUUAAAAAGCGAAGUGUACUCCGGAGUGCGCGCGCGAGUGAGACAUUAUCAUCGCCGAGAGAGAGAGAGAGUGAGAGUCAGGAGUGACGAGAGGCGCGUAUAAGGACGCGUAGGAAGUAAGGUGCCUCGUAAGCCACGCCGCGCGCGGCCAGGUAGCCACGAUCCUGUGACGACGAGAACGAGCCCGAGAACGAGGAGGAGCGGAGGAGGAAAUAUGCUGCCGCAGGCGACGACGGGUGUGCUGCUCUGCGGGCUGCUGGCCCUCUACGUGGGGCUCACCUACGCGGCCUUCGAGUCGACACCUUCGAGCUCCUUCGAUCAUGGAGGCGCUCCACGACUGGACCUGGAGAGUCUCGAGAGUGGAUAUCACGGCCUGGUCAAGGAGAAUGAAACUUUGGUCGAGGUCACGCCGCAGAUUCGCGCCCUGGGAACGAAAGUUUGCUCCUUCCGCAUAGCGAACAAACACCACGGCGAGGCACCAUUCGAGAUUGUCCUGAAGGAGAAGGGGAUGGCCGAGCUGCGGGCGUUCCGGGUUCUGAAUUGCGAAAAACGCCGUAAUUACAAGUUCGACAUCGCCGCAGUCGGCUGCAAUGGAGUGCAAUCGGAAAACGCUACGGUUCAUAUUACUGUGGUUGACGUCAACGAGUACGCACCGCAGUUUCUUCAGCCGGCCUACGUUAGCACCGUGGACGAGGGACGCCUCUAUGAAGAGGUGGUCCGCGUCGAGGCGUCCGACCGUGACUGCACGCCGAAAUUUGGUGAUGUCUGCAAGUACGAGAUCCUCACCGCCGAUCAGCCGUUUAUUAUCGACAACGAGGGUGCCAUCCGCAAUACCGAACCUUUGGACUACGAACGCUCGCACAACUACAUACUCAGCGUGGUCGCUUAUGACUGCGGUAUGAAACAAUCGGCGCCGGCGAUGGUGACGGUCAAGGUGAACCGCGUGUGUGCUCCCGGAUGGCGAGGAAUCCCCGAAAGGGUAGAUUACGCUGCCGGCGUCGGUUCACAGCCUCUGCUGCCUUCGGCGCGACUUGACCUUUGUGACGCACCCUGUAUCCUGCGCAACGUGCGUGCCACUCUGACUUUGGCCACAGAUCACAUCGGCAAGGGUUGCGAUCGUGACACCUACGGGGUUCGCAGCCAGCGAAAACUAUGUGGCGCCUCGCGCGACAGCGUGGAUCUACUGCCAACGCCUGGACCCACAACCUCCUGGACGGCCACCCUUUCCAGAGACGAGGGUAGAGAGGCUGAUGAAAUCUUUGAGUUUGACGGCGUGGACUCGGCCGCAAUCGUACCGAACGAUGUACUGGAGCAUAGCCUGGCGCAGAAGUUCACCAUCGGUGUCUGGGUCAAACACCGACCACGCCCGCGACAGGAUCCACAUGUCAAGGAACACAUCUUGUGCGCUGCCGAUGAUCACAAGAUGAAUAGGCACCAUUACGCCCUGUUCAUAAGGAACUGCAGAUUGAUUUUGCUGCUACGACGCGACUUCUCCGAGGGUGAUCCCAACAUCUUUCGUGCUGCCGAAUGGCGUUGGAAGCUUGGUCAGGUAUGCGACGAUAAGUGGCAUCAUUACGCGAUCCAGGUAGACUUUCCACGUGUCAAUCUAUAUGUGGAUGGCGAAGAGUGGCGCGCUGACGAGAAGAAUCCCGAAGUCAUCGAUGACUGGCCUUUACACCCGGCUAAGGGCGUCAAUACCACCCUUGUAGUCGGAGCGUGCUGGCAAGGCUCCGAAAAUAAGACCAAACAUCAUUUCCGUGGUUACCUCGCCGGCUUGUCCGUUCUAGUUGGCCGAAAUGAGAAACCGGAAGUACUCUCGUGCUUGCGGCGUUGUCAGGAAGGCAUUCACGUGCCACCAAUGGACUUGUUGCAACCGGGUACUCAGCUGCUGACCAAUUCCGAUAUGACUGAAGUACGUAUUGAUGGUGACAACCGUACAAAUGUGGAAACCUUACUGCGCCGUAUUGGCUACUCCAACACUCGACGUUUUCCAACGCCCGGCCGCCGUAACUUCCGCCUUGACACAACGAUCGUCUGUGAGGGUAGCGAGAAUACGCCCCUACCGGUACCGACUGUGCAGUCUUACGUCACCGUAUUACCGCCUCCUCGACCAGGCAUCACCGUUAACGGUACCGGUUACGUGGCCCGAGAAUACGCUGAUUUCCGAUUGGGAGUACGUGUGUUCCCCGACGCACGCGUCACCGCCGGAUCGGCCGCCCGAUUGGACGCCUGCGCUGUCAGUGUUUAUCCAAGUCUCAAUCCUGAUCACGAGAGCCUGGGAUUACCUGGUGACGCUCUGCUUGCGUUUCACGAUAUCUCCGCUCGCGUCGAUCGAGAUGGCGUCGUUCUCUCCGGCGCAGAUUCGCCUUACAACUACCAACAACUUAUCCGUCUUAUCAUGUACACGAACCGCAAGCCGGCUUACUAUCUCGAUCGCGUCUUUAAACUUACCUGUUCCGAAUUAAGCGGUCGCUUCGCUAGUAAUGAAUACGUGCAAACGCUGGCUGUGAUUCAUCCUAAGGAAAAGACGACCGUUUUACCGCACACGACGCCCGGAGAACCACCCAUUGCCAGAAUCGUUGAACCGGCACCGGGUCACGCACAGCUCUCACCGCAUCACGCCGAUCUAACUGAGGAAUACGCUACAGCCGCGCUUCGUGAAGGCAGCAGAACCAUCAGUGGCACUGGCAGCAGCCAUGCCGUGACCAUCGUUGCCGCCGCUUGCAUCGGUUUCCUGCUAUUGAUGGCGGUUGUGGGCGCUGCGCGAGUCCGCGGAGCGGCCAAACGACGACGAUCUGCCGGUGACGAGCUCGCCGCAGAGACGGAAAUGGCCUGGGACGACUCGGCUCUCGCCAUCACUGUGAAUCCGAUGGACAGGUUGACGGAACACGAUCAGCAUCAUCAGAGCCAGCGGGACGAAGACGUGGAUGACUCUGCUAGCUCCGAUUCCGAGGAUGGCUCGUUCCGAGAUGAUGACCUUGACAGCUCCGACUGUGAGAACGAUUGCGAUCUCAGCAACGGUCGGCAUCGCCGUCACACCACGCCGCACGAUCUGGAGUGGGAUCAUCGUGAUGUUUAAAUCAUCCUACUAUCUUUACACUGAGCAUUCACACAUCCCCCUUUCUUCGAGUGACACUGAGAGGAGUACUGGCCGCGUGCCACUUUCUGUAAAAUUUCUCCAUUAUAUAUCGUUUCUUCUCACCGUG